AUGUCUUGCUUCUCAUCCCUACCACCACAGCCCACAGACGAGAUCUUUGAUCUUCUUGGUGCCUACAGGAAAGACUCCAACCCUGACCGCGUCAACCUCGGUGUCGGCGUCUACUGCACCGACGAAGGCAAAUCCUGGCCUCUUGACGUUGUCACCCGCGUGGAGAAGGAUCUCUUUGAAGAGGCUAGUUUAACCAGACACGAUUAUCUUCCCAUCGAGGGCGACCAGCAGUUCCUCAAGCUUGCGAGGGAUCUUGUUUUUGCCCAUCAGGAUGAGUUGAGCGUCGCUUCCGUACAAACCGUCUCCGGAACCGGAGCGAACCAUAUCGGUGCUCGUUUCGUCGCGGAUUACCUUCGACCGCAAAAUAUCUGGGUUUCAGACCCUACCUGGGCGAACCACCACAUGAUCUGGGAGUCUGUUGGUCUCAAGCCCAAGCUGUAUCCCUACUACAAAAAGUCGGAUUGCUCGUUGGACUUUGAGGGUAUGAUCAAGACUCUUGAGGAAGAAGCUCAACCUCGCGAUGCCGUCUUGCUACACGCAUGUGCACACAACCCUACCGGCCUCGAUCCCACAAAGGAGCAGUGGGAGAUCAUCGCAGAGGUCUGUCAGCGAAAGCAACUGUUCCCCUUUUUCGACGCCGCCUACCAAGGCUUCGCAUCCGGCAGUCCCGCAGAAGACGCCUGGGCCAUCCGCUACUUUUACCAACAGCAGCCACGACCUGACAUGAUUGUCGCGCAAUCCUUUUCCAAGAACUUUGGUCUUUACGGUCAUAGAACAGGAGCAAUUCAUCUUGUGCUCGCGGAGCCCUCCAAGGAGAUCAGGGACAACGCUUACUCCACCCUUUCGUACCUUUUGCGAUCUGAAAUCUCCAUGGCUCCCAAGUAUGGUUCAACGAUUGUCAAGACGGUUUUGGAUAGUGAGGAGUUGACUGCUGCUUGGAUGGCUGAUUUGCAAGUCAUGAGCAGUCGUAUCAAGAGCAUGCGACAGGCUCUGUAUGAUGAGUUGGUGCGCUUGGAGACACCUGGUACAUGGAACCACAUCAUUGAUCAGAUUGGCAUGUUCUCAUACACUGGCUUGACCCCCUUUGAGGUCAAGGUUCUUCGGGAGCGCUUCCACAUCUACCUGCUCAAGUCAGGACGUAUUUCCAUUUCUGGCUUGAACAAGAGAAAUGUCAACUACGUUGCCAAGGCCAUCCACGAUGUCCGAGCAAAUGGCUAUGAGCUCAAUGGCACAAACGGUACAAAUGGAACAAAUGGUGUCAAUGGACACUAG